AGAGUUCAAAACAAUUCAAAAGUUUUAAUUAUUGCAGUGUUGCAUGUAAUUUUACAGUAAACUCCAAUGUGCAAUUUAUAAACAGUCGUUAGAGAAAUAUCGCUGUUACUUAUACUCUAAAAUAAUUGACGAAAUUGACAAAGUUUCGUAGCUAUAACUGAAUUUGAACGUAAGAAUCUCGAAGCAAACGUGAAUUUCAUAGGUUGAAAAGUCCCCCACCGGCAAAAAGGAAUACAUCUCUGUGACUCGUUUUGUAAUGGAACAAUCGAGAUGGGAUAUGUCGAACAAAGUGCGGAAGUGCGAGAGCCCAUUGAUAAAUAAUCUCUGGAUGCAUAAGACCCCAAAUAAGCAACAUGAGGCCGGUACGAAACAAACGACAUGCCAAAGCAACACGCAACGUUUGCCAUUUUCCAUCCUACAGAGUCACAUCACUCCACCAUCCAAAUUGAGAAAAUUCAUUAAAAAUCCAUUCGAACCGGAUUUGACUAACAGAUUGCAUCAGUCCGUAAUUAGUCCAACUGUAUUCACUAAGGCUCCAAAUCAGUUACAAGGGUCACCGGGGUUUACAUGGAAUAUAGAGGAGUUAGCGCAGCUACAACCGGCAAAGAUCGAGGAAUCUCCCAUACAGCAAUUUGAUGUCUUGGAUCAAGAACUAGAGACAAAAGCUCAAGUAGCUAUAGAUCGAUUUUUCAAGCAGAAUCAGAUCAUUCCUAGUCCAUGGAAUGUUAAACAACAGAAAAAUAUACCAUGUAUAUCCUCGGAUACCCCUAGUAGACCUAUAUGUGAUUUAAAUUCUACUAAGGAACUUUCUAAAUUAAAAAAAGAUGUGUGGUGUCAAACAGUAUUGUCUUUACCUUUGAAUUUGCCACAAAAUGUCGAGGAAGCUUUGAAGCCGUUUUAUGUCUUCACUCAGGAACAAAAUACAGAAAACGAUGAUGCAAAUUUGAGCAAUAAUUCAUUGAGAAGAAAAUUAUUUUUUAAUCAUGAUGAAUGUGCUAACAAUGAAAGUAUUGCAUCUUUGUCGCCAGUUAAAAUGAGUGAAUCCAUGUUGUUGUCUUGCAGCCCUCCUCAAAGUGGUAUGUUUGUUCAUGGCAGAUUAAAGAUGCUGCAAAGUAGGCGACACAGCGACGAAUUGUCUACAGCAAAAUCUGAACAUUUAUCAUCACCUAACAUUUCACCGAUAUAUAAUGCUGAAAACAAUAUGUUGCAUGAAAAGGUCGGGCAUUCUUCUCAUUCGGCCACUCAGCUAGAUUUUAUGAUGGACAUAAGCAUGGAUAAUAUACCUCUGGAAAAAAAACAAAUUUCGAUUAAUGAUUGCGAAAAGUUGUCAGAUCAUGAAAAUGAUAAACGUAUCGAGGAAGAUCAUAUAUUAAUUGGUCAUAAAAUUGAUCAUAAAACAAAUUUAGAUGAAUCUGUUAAUAUGGUGGAAUUACCAAGAUAUUUAAAUACAGUUGACAACACUGUAUAUUCCAGCGAUGUGAUAUUUAGUGAUAAAGAUCAUAAUAAUGGUGCUAGUUUAAAAAUGAUGACUGAGAUGCAAAAUUUCACACGGGGAAGUUAUAAGCGGAGUAAUGUAAUGUCUGGCGCGUUCACUCAACAAAGUAUCUCAAAUACGGUUCAGGACACCGGCUAUCAAACUUAUAGUAUGAAUAACACAAUGCACAUGGCAGACAGUUACAGCGAUACUUCGGUAAGUCACAAAACUCAUUGUAACGAACGAAUAGUAACGUCUAAGGAUAAUGUUCAACUAUCUUGGAAAGAAAAUAUGAGCAAUGUAUUCAGUUCUACGCCUUCUAAAUGUAAUAAAGAAAAUGGAAGUUGAACAAUUAUCAGAUUCUGAACGGAGAUAAUUAAAUGCUUGGGCCAUUAUCAUAUGAUUACCAUCGCAAAUAGAGCAAACAUGUAUAAUCUUUUUUUUAACCACCGAAUUAUAUUUGUCAUUAUCAUUAGUCGAUUAAAUUAUACAACGUUCUUUAACAUCUCAAUUUACUAUCCACUAUUACUUUUGCUUCUUUUAAAAAAUUGCCUUUUUGAAAUUCAAUUGAUUUGGCUCUAAAUGUCAAUUAAUUAUCUCACAAAUGCUAUUCUAAAUUGUAAAUAUUUUUAUCUCAAUGUGUCUUGCACAAAUUCUUUUUCAAUACUUUUGCAUAAUUAACACUGUUUUCCUCGUUAAAAUAUUUGAAGCACUUUUCAACAAUUGCUAUGAAAACAUUAACUUCAAAUUGCUCAACAAAAAAAUACUUACGUUUUUUAACUCUUAACAAUUUGAUGUAUAUAUUGCGAUGUAUUACGAUAUAUAUCCUAGUAACUAGGCAUAUCAAAUGUUAUGCUUAAGAAAAGGAGAUGCUAAAUGAAAAAUAUACUCUUCAUAAUUUUC